AUGCAUUUGUUUUUUAGUCCGUCUCGUGCCCCACAGCGCUCCCUCCGUCGCGUCGCCACGAUCCGAAGCAUCCCACGCCCACAGUUUCGUUCGCGUCGUGAGCCUCGACUAAUCCGUGCGCGUUCAGCGCGUUUCCUAACCCUCUGUGCUGCGCGCGCGUGGCGGAGCGGAUCUUUCAGUGCACGGGGUUGCGGGGAUUAUCAUUUGAAGAGAUUAGAAGGAGCGGUGCAUGGGGUGAAGGAGCGAAGCGGUGCAUGGGGUGGGCGACGAAGCGGUACAUGGGGUGGGCGACGUGGAUCAUGUAUGGAGACGGGCGGGAUGAAGGUCAUUGAUGGUGGCGGGCUCCAUGGCGCGGAGGGGCGUUUGCGUGGUGAUCAACACGGCGCUGCACGACGCGACUCCCUCAUCACAUCCGUUUUGAGUCACGCGACCUCUGUUCCAGCGGGCAUUGCUGCGGGCGUCACACAGGUCGCUUCACAGCAACUCAAGCUGACCUGCCCUGGCGUGGGCCUCUCAAGGCGCGCCCCACCUCGUCCUCUCCACUCUCCCCCUUCUCACCGUCACUUGAUAACGCCCACAGCAAACCACCUCACGGCCACGCACAUCGACAUUGGUGAGGGCAUGGAGAGCAGUGGGGGGCGUUGCUUUCUUCCCUCCCUUCCUUAUCUCCCUCCUCUUUUCUCCCGUUCUCUCCCAAUCCCACCUCUUCCCUCCUUGUUCCACCCUUCCCCGCUGCUCGUCCCACUGGCAUCCUUCUCGUUUGGGCAUUCCCCCUUCCUCCCUCGUGCAUAUCACCCUCUUUCCCCCCAGUGGCUACGCGAGGCAAACCAGUCCUUCAAGCCAAAGUUCUCUGUAUAG